AUGAAUCAUGAUGCUAUUGAUUCAUUGGAAAAUGUUGGUCUUUGGAAGAAGCUAAGUAACCUCGAGUACUUCACCUUCUGCAUGAUAGGUAUAGGCCUGUUGUGGCCUUGGAAUUGUGUGUUGAGUGCAGUGCUCUAUUUCAAACACAGUUUCUUUCAGGAUGUGACGAAUUGGGCGAAAGUGUUUGCCAGUUCAAUGAUGGCGGUCUCGACCAUUACGUCGCUUGUGUUUAACGUAUGGUUGGCAAACAGACAGAGGAACUAUACGCAGAGAGUUGUUCGUGGGCUAGUAUGGCAAGUGAUGGCGUUUGUUGUCUUGGCUAUAAUAUGCAUGGUCCACAAUAUGCUGCCGAUGUGGUUUUCCUUUCUAUUCAUCAUGGUUGUGAUUCUUUUCAGUUCGGUUGCCACUGCACUGACUCAAAAUGGUAUCCUUGCCAUUGCCAAUGUCUUUGGAUCAGAAUACAGUCAGGCAGUGAUGCUGGGCCAAGCUGUCGCCGGGGUUCUGCCGUCUGUGGUACUGUUUGGCAUCUCCUAUAUAGGUGACUCCACGGCUGCGGAGACUGGGGAACAAAGUCAAGCUGGAAUCAUCGUAUAUAUCAUCACUACUGCAAUUGUUUGUGGUAUUAGCACCACAUUGUUCAAGUUUACGGGUAUUGGAGGGCAGUUCAUGGCGAUUAUGAGAGAAGAGUCCAUAGAUGUUGAUGACAACGACGAACAAAUUCCAUUCCGCGUACUAUUUGACAAGUUGAGACUAUUAGUUUUAUCCAUCUUGUUGACAUUUGUGAUAACAUUAAUCUUCCCUGUAUUUGCAUCUACGGUGCGAUCCACGGGACUCGGUAUGAAAGAUGAGCAUUACAUGCCAUUGAUCUUCACACUGUGGAACCUCGGUGACCUCUACGGAAGAGUGCUUGCCGACUUACCCUAUUUCCAAAGUCCCUCUUUCACACCGUUAAAGACUUUUAUUUAUGCAUUGUUAAGGUUCUUACACAUCCCAUUUUUUUUCUACUUCUCAUCAAGAAAUGACGGGCACUCUGUGGCGCUGGACAUCGGCUACAUGCUCUUGCAGUUUGUCUUCGGCUUGACCAACGGCCACGUCAUCUCCCUGAGCUUCAUGAAAGUUCCCCAGGUGCUGGACAAUGACCUCGAGAAAGAAGCUGCCGGUGGCUUCACAAACAUAUUCGUAUCAGUAGGUCUAGCACUUGGAAGCCUGGUCAGUUACAUAUUCGUCUUCCUGAUAAAUUAG